UGCAAAUCGUGUGAGUUUGGAAGGGCAAAUGCCACAGCUUUGAGACCUACAGUGGCCUAUUAAGUAGAAGUUGGAUGUGGUAGAAGAGAAGGCAGUUCAGUUGAGCUGAGUUCAUCUUGUUUAUUCAACAGUUCUAAGUUGGGGAGCUGUGUUUCUCAUCAGUUGUUGUUUGUUGGUUAAAUUGGGAGCUGAUCUGUUUGUGUUGGAAAUUAAUCAAUCAAAAAUGGCACCUAUGAGUCUUCCUCCUGGAUUCAGAUUCCACCCAACAGACGAAGAGCUGGUUGCGUACUAUCUGGAUCGUAAAAUUACGGGCCGCACCAUUGAGCUUGAAAUCAUCCCAGAAGUUGACCUCUACAAAUGCGAACCCUGGGAUUUACCAGAAAAAUCCUUCUUGCCUAGCAAAGACAUGGAGUGGUACUUCUAUAGCCCAAGAGAUAGGAAGUAUCCAAACGGAUCCAGAACCAACAGAGCAACAAGAGCAGGUUACUGGAAAGCCACCGGAAAAGACCGGCUGGUACAUUCCCUCCGACGUCCGGUGGGGAUGAAGAAGACUUUGGUGUAUUAUAGAGGAAGAGCUCCCCAUGGCAUCAGAACUAACUGGGUUAUGCAUGAAUACCGACUCAUUCAUGACUCCCUUUGUGGUUCUACAUCCUCUUCUUUAAAGGAUUCUUAUGCACUGUGCCGAGUAUUCAAGAAAACGAUGCAAAUCCCCAAGAACAGUACCGCUUGUAAUAAUAAGAAAGAAGACAAAUCAUCCAAAGGGAGUAGCAUUGCAGAAAAUGCAAGUGGCAUUGAGAUUUCAAGAGGGAUAGGGAAUGAAGAUGAUAAUCUCAACACUUCUAAUGAUGUUGAAUACCCAAAGUUUGUAUCCGAUACAUCUUCUUCAGAUCUCACUCAAGGCACACCCACCGCAGAGACUGCCAUGGCAGAUGAUGUCAACCAAGCUCCCGUUGCCAAUUCUGAUGAGGCAAACAGUGCCUCCAAUUUGUACUCUCUCGGAGUAGAUUGCUCUUCAAAUCUAAUUCAGGAUAUGCAAAUGGGGAACUAUGGAAGCCUGUUGCAUUGCCAAUUCGGAUAUCCACCAUUAGAGCUUGAAGACUUCCCACAAAUUAACUUUGGUGCAGAGACUAAGCCAAUGAAGACUGAAAGUAGUACAGAAGACGACAUGUCGUAUGACAAGUUUAGGGACUACACGAAUAUAACGGUGGAAGAGAUUUUCUCUUUAUGUUGUUCUCAAGACAACCCCAUUGCCCUCCCCAUGCAAGACUGAGCCAAUGAGUACGUAAGAAUGCUAGCUAAUCGAUUAACACACAGAUAAUCCUGAUAUAUGACUUCACAUAUAUAUUUUAAUCUUAUAUACUAGCAAUUUAUUGACACAAAAUCUAGAAAUUUGUGUUCCAAAAAAAUAACCAAAUGAAAGAACUUGUGGUUCGUUUUGACACUCACCACACGAUGAUAAGGUUAUAUAUUUAUACUAUAGUCCUAUAGAUAAUAUAUCGCGUACUACUACAGAAUAGAAUGUUCUGUUGAGUACGUGAUCAAUCACAACAUACUUCUUCUUCUUCUUCUUCUUCUUUUUUUUUUAAUCAAUUCCUUAAUUUGUAUUGCUCUUUCCGUUUGUUUUGGAAAUUUGGAGCUGAAUCUUGUUGGUCAAUUUUGGAAAAAAGAUCGAUAAAGUGUUUUUCUUUUGUGACUGUAUUAUUGCUUUA